CUGGCUGUGUUGUUGGGAUGUUGAGGAUUAAAGAUGGCCACCAGCAGGCGGAGCAGGGACAGUAGGCACUUCGGGAUUACGGCAUUAUUUAUUUUAUAUGGAUGAAAAGAGGACUAGAAAGACGUCAUUAAUAGCCUACAAAUACACCAUCCUUUUCCUUAUCCCUGUUCCUUGUCGACAUAAACACCGAUAAACUGGGCUGGCUUUGGUCUGAAGAAGCCUCUUAAAAUGAACAUGGUUAAGAGGAUUAUGGGGCGUCCCCGGCAGGAGGAGUGCAGCCCGCAGGACAAUGCCCUGGGACUCAUGCAUUUGCGUCGCCUCUUCUCAGAGCUCUGCCACCCGCCACGCCACAUGACGCAGAAGGAACAGGAAGAGAAGCUCUAUAUGAUGCUUCCAGUUUUCAACAGGGUUUUUGGGAAUGCUCCUCCGAGUACAAUGACUGAGAAAUUUUCAGAUCUGCUGCAGUUCACAACUCAAGUGUCACGGCUGAUGGUGACAGAGAUCAGACGGAGAGCAUCCAAUAAAUCAACAGAGGCAGCAAGCCGGGCCAUAGUUCAAUUCCUGGAGGUGAACCAGAGCGAGGAGGCUAGCCGAGGGUGGAUGCUGUUGACCACCAUCAACCUGCUGGCAUCUUCUGGACAGAAAACAGUGGACUGCAUGACUACAAUGUCAGUGCCAUCCACGCUGGUCAAAUGUUUGUACCUGUUCUUUGACUUACCCCAUGUGCCCGAAGCCCCAGGGGCAGCACAGACAGAGCUGCCCCUCGCCGACCGCAGAGCUUUGCUACAGAAAGUCUUCGUGCAGAUACUUGUGAAGCUCUGUAGCUUUGUGUCCCCAGCAGAGGAGCUGGCUCAGAAGGAUGACCUCCAGCUCUUGUUCAGUGCAAUAACAUCAUGGUGUCCUCCCCACAACCUCCCCUGGAGGAAGAGUGCAGGGGAAGUGCUCAUGACAAUCUCUCGGCACGGCUUGAGUGUCAAUGUAGUCAAAUACAUACAUGAGAAAGAGUGUUUGGCCACUUGCAUACAGAAUAUGCAGCAGUCUGAUGACCUUUCACCUUUGGAGAUCGUGGAGAUGUUUGCUGGGCUCUCAUGCUUUCUUAAAGACUCGAGUGAUGUAUCACAAACCCUGCUUGAUGAUUUCAGGAUGUGCCAAGGAUACACUUUUUUGUGUGACCUUAUGCUAAGAUUAGAACAAGCAAAAGAAGAUGAUUCCAAAGAUGCUCUGAAAGACUUGGUGAACUUGGUGACCUCUCUGACAACUUAUGGUGUGAAUGAGCUCAAACCUGCUGGUCUCACUACAGGAGCACCCUUCCUUUUACCUGGGUUUGUAGUGCCACAGCCCUCCGGAAAAGGUCAUGCAGUGAGGAAUAUCCAGGCCUUUUCAGUACUUCAGAAUGCCUUUCUAAAAGCUAAAACUAGCCGAUUAUCCCAAAUCAUUCUGGAUGCUAUUUCAAAUAUUUACGUGGCGGAUAACGCUAAUUACUUCAUUCUGGAAUCCCAGCACACUUUGUCUCAGUUUGCUGAAAAGAUAUCCAAGCAAUUGGAAGUACAAGGCAAAUAUUUUGAGCUCUUGGAGUUUGUGGUGUUCAGCUUGAAUUACAUCCCUUGCAAAGAACUCUUCAGUGUGAGCGUGCUUCUGAAGUCCAGCACUUCAUACCAGUGCAGCAUCACCGCUGUGCGGACACUGCUCAAGUUUAGCCGUCAUGACCCUAUCUUCGGUGACGUCUUUAGAGAAGUGGGACUGCUGGAGGUCAUGGUCAACCUUCUGCACAAAUAUGCUGCUCUCCUGAAAGAUCCCACACAAGCUUUCAAUGAACAAGGUGAUUCUAAAAAUAACAGCUUAAUGGAAGACCAAAAGCAGCUGGCGUGGUUAGUGAUGGAAACUUUAACAGUUCUUCUUCAAGGCUCAAACACAAAUGCAGGUGUUUUUCGGGAGUUUGGAGGUGCCAGGUGUGUCCAUAAUAUAGUAAAAUACCCCCAGUGCCGAGAGCAUGCUCUGAUGAUCAUCCAGCAGCUGGUGCUGUCCCCCAGUGGAGAUGACGACAUGGGCACUCUUUUAGGAUUAAUGCAUUCAGCACCAUGUACAGAGCUGCAGCUGAAAACGGACAUACUGAAGGCACUUCUUGCUGUCCUGAGAGAGAGCCAUCGCACCAGGACAGUGUUCAGAAAGGUGGGGGGGUUCGUUUACGUCACAUCUUUGCUCGUCGCUAUGGAACGGUCUCUGUGCUGCCCCCCAAAGAAUGGCUGGGAGAAGGUCAUCCAGAACCAAGUGUUCGAGCUCCUGCACACCGUCUUUUGCACGCUGACUGCUGCAAUGCGGUACGAACCCGCUAACUCGCACUUCUUCCGCACGGAAAUCCAGUAUGAGAAGCUGGCAGACGCUGUGAGGUUGUUGGGCUGCUUCUCUGACUCCAAGAAAAUUGGCCUAGCAACUGUUGUCCCGUCCAACUCACAGCCAUUUCAAAGAUUGCUGGAGGAUGAUGUGAUUCCUGUGGACAGUGUGUGUCCCACUCUGAGACAUUGCAGCAAGCUCUUCAUAUUCUUGUACAAGAUGGCCACUGAUUCCUUUGACAGUCGUGCUGAGCAGGUGCCUCCGUGCCUGACACACGAGACCUCCCUGCCCUCUCCUUGGGGCACUCCAGCUCUCUCCAGAAAGAGACAUGGCUAUCAUGGCGUCUCUGCCCCAACCUCAUCUCUGUCCAUGAAGGCUGUCACUGACCUGAAGCUACACCUAGGCGCCCCUCCCUUGCACUCCCCUGAUGCAGUGAUCAUUCACCCCGGAGCAGGGCUAGCCAUGUUGGACCUCCUUGCCUCCGUCACCUCUGAAAUGCAGCCUGAGCAUGCCCUGGACCUUCAGCUUGCCAUAGCAAACAUCCUGCAGCUGCUGGUCCACUCUGAGAGGAACCAGCAGAUAAUGUGUGAAGCUGGCCUCCAUUCCCGGCUCCUCCAGCGCUGCAGUUGUGCCCUGUCCGAUGAGGAUCACCCACUGCACCCUCCGCUGCAGAGGAUGUUUGAGAGACUUGCAUCACAGGCUUUGCAGCCCAUGGUCCUGAGGGAGUUCCUUCGCUUGGGAAAUCCCUUGAAUUGUGGGGCAUGGGACAAGAAGCUUCUGAAACAGUACCGCGUCCACAAACCAAGUUCUCUGAGUUAUGAAGCUGAAAUGAGGAACAGUAUGACAAUGUCAAUGGAGGGAUUUGGCCCUGACAGUGUGUUUACUGUGAAUGAAGAUAACAGUCAGUACAGAAUAAGCAGAAGUCUGGUUAGAUCAGCAGAAGGAAGCACAGUACCUUUGACCAGAGUGAAGUGCCUGGUCUCCAUGACAACCCCACAUGAUAUCAGACUUCAUGGCUCAUCAGUCACCCCGGGCUUUGUGGAGUUUGACACGUCUCUUGAAGGGUUUGGGUGUCUUUUCCUGCCCAGUCUGGCUCCCCACAAUGCACCAUCCAGUAAUGUCAAUGCAUCUGGGGUGAAUGACGGGGCUGUUGUCAGUGGAAUAGGAAAUGGUGAGAGACUGUUUCCUCCUCCCUCUGGUUUGACAUACUCCUCCUGGUUUUGUAUCGAGCGCUUCAGUAGUCCUCCCCACAACCACCCUGUGAGGCUGAUCACAGUGGUACGUCGGGCCACCUCCUCUGAGCAGCACUACAUCUGCCUGGCCAUUGUUCUUUCAGCCAAGGACCGAUCGCUCAUUGUGUCCACCAAGGAGGAGCUGCUGCAGAACUAUGUGGAUGACUUCAGUGAGGAGUCUUCCUUCUACGAGAUCCUUCCUUGCUGUGCACGUUUCCGCUGUGGAGAUCUCAUCAGUGAGGGACAGUGGCAUCACCUAGUCUUGGUGAUGAGUAAAGGCAUGUUAAAGAACAGUGCUGCCACGCUCUACAUAGAUGGGCAGCUAGUGAACACAGUCAAGCUCCACUAUGUACACAGCACACCUGGAGGUUCUGGUUCAGCCAACCCACCAGUGGUCAGCACUGUAUACAGCUACAUUGGCACCCCCCCUGCCCAGCGCCAGCUUUCCACUCUGGUGUGGCGUCUGGGACCCACACAUUUCUUGGAAGAGGUCCUGCCAGCUUCCAGCGUUUCCACUAUAUAUGAACUGGGACCCAACUAUGUGGGUAGCUUUCAGGCAGUCUGCCUCCCAUGUAAAGACUCAAAGGCUGAGGCUGCUGCUUCAUCUCCUGUGGCCCUAGUGCCUGAAGAGAAGGUGUCCUUUGGGCUAUAUGCCCUCUCUGUGUCCUCACUCACUGUGGCCAAGAUUAGGAAGGUCUACAACAAGCUGGACAGCAAAGCCAUUGCCAAGCAGUUAGCAGUGUCCUCUCAUGAAAAUGCAACUCCAGUCAAGCUGUUACACAACUCUGCUGGACAUCUCAAUGGACCGGCACGUACUAUUGGUGCUGCUGUCAUCGGUUACCUUGGUGUAAGAGCUUUUGUUCCAAAGCCAGUUGCAACAAACUUGCAGUAUAUUGGAGGGGCAGCUGCCAUCCUUGGCUUGGUUGCCAUGGCGUCAGAUGUGGAAGGGCUGUAUGCUGCAGUGAAAGCUCUGGUGUGUGUUGUAAAGAGCAACCCUCUGGCCAGCAAGGAGAUGGAGAGAAUCAAAGGCUACCAGUUACUGGCAAUGCUGCUGAAGAAGAAACGUUCCCUUCUGAACAGCCAUAUUCUUCACCUCACCUUUUCCCUAGUGGGCACAGUUGACAGUGGUCACGAAACUUCCAUCAUUCCCAAUUCCACAGCUUUUCAGGACCUGCUCUGUGACUUUGAGGUCUGGCUUCAUGCUCCGUAUGAACUGCAUCUGUCGUUGUUUGAGCAUUUCAUUGAACUCUUAACUGAGUCAAGUGAGGCAGCUAAAAAUGCCAAGUUAAUGAGAGAGUUCCAGCUCAUUCCCAAGUUGCUGCUGACCCUUCGAGAUACUUCUCUCUCCCAGCCUACUAUAGCUGCGAUCAGCAAUGUCCUCAGUCUCCUUCUACAGGGCUUCCCAAACAGCUAUGAUCUUCUCAGGUUUGGCCAGUUCAUUUCCUCCACUCUGCCCACUUUUGCUGUCUGUGAGAAAUUUGUGGUCAUGGAGGUCAACAAUGAAGAGAAAAUAGAUGGAGGAAAUGAAGAUGAUUUUGGAGGCCUACUUUCUGCCAGCCUUAUCUUGUUAAGAAAUAGGCUCCUUGACAUUUUACUCAAACUGCUCUUCAUUUGCAAAGAGAAGUCUACUGUUAAUAUACAAGCAUGUGAGGAGCUGGUAAAGACACUUGGGUUCGACUGGCUUCUGAUGUUCAUGGAGGAGCACCUGCACUCCACUACUGUUACUGCUGCCAUGAGGAUUUUGGUAGUCCUGCUCAGCAACCAGACUAUUCUAUCACGCUUCAAAGAAGGUCUGUCUGGGGGUGGAUGGCUGGACCAGACUGACUCAGUCCUCACCAACAAAAUUGGCACAGUGCUAGGUUUCAAUGUGGGCAGAAGUGCUGGAGGCCGGUCAACAGUGAGGGAGAUUAAUCGGGAUGCCUGUCACUUCCCUGGGUUCCCUGUGCUCCAGACCUUCCUGCCCAAACACACCAAUGUGCCAGACCUCUACUUCUUGCUCAUGGCCCUGUUUCUGCAGCAGCCUGUCACUGAGCUACCCGAGAACCUGCAGGUAAAUUUUGAUCUGGACUCAAUCUGGACCUUUAUCUUCGGAGUUCCAGCCUCCAGUGGGGCUGUGGUGGGAUCCAUUCACAAUGUCUGCACAGAGGCUGCCUUUCUUCUGCUUGCAAUGCUCAGGAGUAUGCUCAAUUUACCAUGGCAGUCAGAGGAGGAGGGCUCAUGGCUUAGAGAAUACCCUGUGACUUUGAUGCAGUUCUUUCGGUACCUUUAUCAUAAUGUGCCAGAUUUAGCUCCGAUGUGGAUCAGCCCAGAAUUCCUCUGUGCAUUGGCAGCGACUGUCUUUCCGUUCAAUAUCAGACCGUACUCAGAGAUGGUGAGCGACCUGGACGAUGAAGUUGGCUCUCCAGCUGAAGAGUUUAAAGCCUUUGCUGUCGACACUGGCAUGAACAGGAGCCAGUCUGAAUACUGCAAUGUUGGCUCCAAAACCUACCUGACCAAUCAUCCGGCUAAGAAAUAUGUCUUUGAUUUCAUGAGGGUGCUGAUCAUGGAGAACUUGUGCAUGACCCCGGCCAGUAAACAGACUCCGAUUAUUGACCUGCUUCUGGAGGCUUCUCCAGAAAGAUCAACAAGAACCCAACAGAAGGAGUUUCAGUCUUAUAUCCUGGACAGUGUUAUGGAGCACCUUCUUGCAGCUGAUGUCUUGUUAGGAGAAGAUGCAUCACUGCCUAUCACAAGUGGUGGCAGUUACCAUGUCCUGGUGAACAACGUGUUCUAUUUUACCCAGCGUGUGGUGGACAAGCUGUGGCAAGGGAUGUUUAACAAGGAGUCCAAGCUGGUGGUGGAGUUUAUCAUCCAGCUCAUUGGGCAGUCUAAGAGGAGAUCUCAAGGCUUAUCCCUGGACCCCAUCUAUCACUGCCUGAACAGGACCAUCCUCUACCAGCUCUCCCGGCCACACAAGACCGUUCCUCAGCAGGUGGCACUGCUGGACGCUCUGCGUGUGCUCACUGUCAACCGCAACCUCAUCCUGGGCCCAGGCAACCAUGACCAGGAGUUCAUUGCUUGUCUGGCUCAUUGUUUCAUCAACCUCCAUGUGGGAAGCAGCGUUGAUGGCUUUGGUCUGGAAGCCGAAGCUAGAAUGACUACAUGGCACAUCAUGAUGCCUUCUGACAUUGAACCUGAUGGGCCACACAGCCAGGAUGUCAGUGAAGGUCGUCAACUUCUGCUGAAAGCAGUGAACAGAGUUUGGACUGAGCUCAUUCUCAGUAAGAAGCAAGCCUUGGAAGAAAUAUUCAAAGUGCCCUUGCCUGUGAAUGACCGUGGCCAUGUAGAUAUUGUCACUGCACGAGCCCACAUAGAAGAGGCAGCUGCUAAGAGUUGGCAGAAUCAUCUAGCCCAUGAGAAGAAGAGUAUCAGCCGGGGAGAAGCCAUAGCUCCCGUCUCACAGUCCAAGCUGUCCAGAGUCAGCAGUGGCUUCGGCCUGUCCAAGCUGACAGGAGCGCGGCGCAAUAGGAAAGAAAGCGGGCUCAAUAAAAGUAAUCUCUCUGCUCAGGAAACCUUCCAGUGGAUGUUUACCCACAUUGCUGUUGUUCGGGAUCUGGUGGCCAUGCAGUAUAAGGAGUAUCAAGAAAGGCAACAGAAUGCCCUGAAGUAUGUAACUGAGGAGUGGGCUCAGAUAGAGUAUGAGUUAUUGAGAGAAAGGGGCCUUUGGGGGCCACCAAUUGGAUCCCACCUGGAUAAGUUCCUGCUGGAGAUGACUGAAGGACCCUGCCGGAUGAGGAAGAAGAUGGUGCGCAAUGACAUGUUUUACAUCCACUACCCCUAUGUUCCAGACACAGAGCAAGACACCAGCUCCCAGAAACCCACCCGUUACCGAAGAGCCAUAAGUUAUGACAGCAAGGAGUACUACAUGCGUGUCCUCUCUGGAAAUCCAGGCAUGUAUCAGCACUCCAUUGAGCAGAGCUCAGAGGGGGAGACUACACAGCAUGAGCCUGAGCAUGGAGAGGACACUAUCGCCAAAGUCAAAGGCUUAGUGAAGCCCCCACUGAAACGCUCACGCUCCACUGCUGACGGGGCAGAUGAAGACAGCCAGGAGCAGCUGCAAGACCAGUUGCUGGAAUCUGGGGCCAUGGAUGAGGAAGAGAAGACAGAUAAUACUACUCUGCUGAGGUUACUGGAAGAGGGAGAGAAGAUUCAGCACAUGUAUCGGUGUGCCAGGGUUCAAGGCCUUGACACAAGCGAGGGACUGCUGUUGUUUGGGAAGGAACAUUUCUACGUGAUUGAUGGCUUCACCAUGACAAUUACAAGAGAAAUCAGGGACAUUGAAACCCUGCCUCCGAAUAUGCACGAGCCCAUUAUCCCCAGAGGUGCCAGGCAAGGUCAGAGCCAGCUGAAGAGAACCUGCAGUAUUUUUGCCUAUGAAGACAUAAAGGAAGUGCACAAACGUCGAUACCUCUUACAGCCUAUUGCAGUAGAAGUAUUUUCUGGUGAUGGGCGGAAUUACCUGCUGGCAUUCCAAAAAGGAGUUCGAAACAAAGUCUAUCAGAGGUUUCUGGCUGUUGUGCCCUCUCUGGCAGACAGUUCAGAGUCUGUAUCAGGCCAGCGGCCUAACACCAGUGUGGAGCAAGGAUCCGGUUUGCUGAGUACUUUGGUUGGUGAGAAGUCAGUAACACAGAGAUGGGAGCGAGGAGAGAUCAGCAAUUUUCAAUACUUGAUGCACCUGAACACACUUGCUGGCAGGUCUUACAAUGACCUCAUGCAGUACCCAGUCUUCCCCUGGAUUCUGGCUGACUAUGAUUCUGAGGAAUUGGACCUCACAAAUCCCAAAACAUUCCGGAACCUGGCGAAGCCUAUGGGAGCACAGACUGAUGACAGGCUAUUGCAGUAUAAAAAGAGAUUUAAGGACUGGGAAGAUCCUAAUGGGGAAACUCCUGCCUAUCAUUAUGGGACACACUACUCCUCAGCAAUGAUCGUGGCCUCAUACUUGGUUAGAAUGGAGCCUUUCACACAGAUCUUCCUUAGGCUUCAGGGAGGUCAUUUUGACCUUGCUGACAGAAUGUUUCAUAGUGUCAGAGAAGCCUGGUUAUCAGCAUCCAAACACAACAUGGCCGAUGUCAAAGAACUUAUCCCUGAAUUCUUCUACCUCCCAGAGUUUCUCCUUAACUCUAAUAACUUUGACUUAGGCAGCAAACAGAAUGGCAUUAAGCUUGGAGAUGUGAUACUGCCCCCUUGGGCAAAAGGAGACCCCAGAGAAUUUAUCCGGGUCCAUCGAGAGGCUCUGGAGUGUGACUAUGUCAGCGCCCACCUUCACGAGUGGAUAGACCUGAUUUUUGGGUUCAAGCAGCAAGGGCCUCCAGCAGUGGAAGCGGUAAAUGUGUUUCAUCACCUCUUCUAUGAGGGCCAGGUGGAUAUCUACAACAUCAAUGACCCACUGAAGGAAACUGCCACCAUUGGAUUCAUUAACAAUUUUGGACAGAUACCCAAACAGCUAUUUAAGAAACCUCACCCCCCAAAACGGGUCCGGAGCAAGUCAAAUGGAGAGAUUCCAGGGAUCCCAGCUUCUCUGAGCUCUGCUGGAGACAAGAUCUUCUUUCAUCAUCUGGAUAAUUUGCGCCCUUCUCUGGCUCCAGUUAAAGAACUGAAGGAACCAGUGGGACAGAUUGUCUGUACAGACAAAGGUAUCUUAGCCGUGGAACAGAACAAGGUUCUCAUCCCUCCAGCCUGGAACAAGACCUUUGCCUGGGGCUAUGCGGAUCUCAGCUGCAGACUGGCAAAUUAUGAGUCUGAUAAGGCUGCUAUUGUGUAUGAGUGCCUGUCUGAAUGGGGUCAGAUCCUCUGUGCUAUUUGUCCAAACCCUAAGCUGGUGAUUACUGGAGGCACAAGCACUGCGAUCUGUGUAUGGGAGAUGGGAACAUCCAAAGAGAAAGCAAAGACACUCACACUAAAACAGGCUUUGCUGGGUCACACAGAUGCUGUGACAUGUCUGACAGCAUCCUCAGCCUAUCACAUCAUCGUCAGUGGCUCCAGAGACCGCACUUGCAUCAUAUGGGACCUCAACAAGCUGGCCUUUGUUACACAGUUACGAGGUCACAGGGCUCCUGUGUCAGCUCUCUGUAUCAAUGAGCUAACAGGAGACAUUGUAUCCAGUGGUGGUACUUACAUCCAUGUGUGGAGCAUCAAUGGCAGCCCAAUUGUGAGUGUUAAUACCUUUACUGGACGGAGCCAGCAAAUCCUUUGCUGCUGUGUGUCUGAGAUGAACGAAUGGGAUACCCAGAAUGUCAUAGUCACAGGACACUCUGAUGGAGUUGUGCGGUUUUGGAGAAUGGAGUUUCUGCAGGUUCCUGAGACUCCAGCUCCAGAGCCAGUAGAGAUACCUGAUGUGCCUGACUGCUGUGCAGAAGACAAAAUCGAAGGACAAGUGGCUCAUGAUGAUGACAGCAGUGACUCCGAUGGAGAUGAUCAAAGUACCAGUCAGGAAGCCAAGCCACGAGUGACCCACAGCCAGCAGGGCAGCGCCAUUCAUAGGCCAAAGAGCUCUGUGAACAGGCCGGGUACUUCCUGGUCUGCUGACAGCGGUUCGGAUGAUUCUCGACGGUGGUCAGACACUCUCAGCUUGGAUGAGAAAGAUGGCUUUGUGUUUGUGAAUUACUCCGAGGGCCAGACCAGAUUCCCAGUGCAGGCACACCCACAACCUAUACCACAGAGCAGUAUACACCCACAGCCUAGUGCACUAGCACAUGGGCCAGUAGAACCCAGGCACUACAACAAACUGCGACCAGCAGGCUAUAGAUGGGAACGGCAGCUAGUUUUCAGGAGCAAACUGACUAUGCACACUGCUUUUGAUCGGAAAGACAAUGCUCAUCCAGCUGAAAUCACCUCUCUGGGCAUCUCAAAGGACCACAGUAAGAUCCUCGUGGGUGAUGGCCGAGGUCGGGUGUUUAGCUGGUCAGUGAGUGACCAACCCGGCCGCUCAGCUGCAGACCACUGGGUGAAGGAUGAGGUGGUGGACAGUUGUUCAGGAUGCACAGUGAGAUUCUCCCUCACAGAGCGGCGCCACCACUGCAGGAACUGCGGCCAGCUCUUCUGCCAGAAGUGUAGUCGAUUCCAAUCGGAAAUCAAGCGUCUGAAAAUCUCUUCCCCAGUGAGAGUGUGUCAGAACUGUUAUUACAACCUGCAGCAUGAAAGGGGAUCUGAAGAGGGCUGCAGAAACUAGCGACCCCCAUCGAUGAAAUGGCCUGGCAGAACCACUGGCAUUGAUACAUUGAUUCUGUGCUGUUUUCUUGUUAGGCUUUGUGAGACAGAAAGGAAUUUGAAUGGAGUCUGGACAUUCACAUGCAUUUAUUUGUACUGUGUAUAAAGCACUGAUUUAGAAAAAGGGAUCACCAAUUGCAUUUAAGCGUAUUGUUCCGUAUGUGGCAGAUAGAUGUGAUGGGGUAAAAAAUCAGAUCUGGUGAUUUUUGAAAAAGGUGUUUUCCCCAUUCAUGUCUUUGCUUGGUCUUGCCGUUAAUGCUAACUAAACAUCUUUAAGGAAACACUGGCUUUUUAGAUUUUAGAUAGAUGGUAUAUUAGGCCUCCACACAAAACUAAAUGAAUCUGUUUAUAUUGUAAAUAAAUGCAAUGGCCUUUUUAACAAAAAUAAUUAAAACACUUUUGCCUGUUACAUAGAAAUUCUGACUAACCACUAUUCACUUUAAAAAAUGAAUAGAAGAGUUUAGUCAACAUUACUAGUUACAGAAUCCCAGGGGGGAUAGAUGGGGGAUUAUGAAUGUUAGUAAAAAUGACCAUGUAUUGACAUAUUAUUGUGUUUUAAGUGCAACAAACUCUUAGUGUUUGAUUGCAACAUGUAUCAUGUUUAUAUGUUGCCCACAGUAUCUAUACAUCUGCUCAUAACUCAAUUCACAGAAACAAAACAAAACCUCUCAUGUUUCCAGAGCUCAAAACAAUAUUUACAUGGAGUGUGCUUGGGAAACAGUAUGUUCACUAAAAACAGCUGGCACUGCAUUAUAUCAUCUCAGUGUUUUUGGCAUAAAUGUUUCUUUAGUUGUAUAUAGUCUAUUCCUUCUAUAAAAGCUAUGGCCAGGAGACUGGCAUGGCUCUUAAGAUUGACCACUUUGUUCUGUAGAAAGCAGCUUGAAGAAACAUAUCAUUGAAGGCUGGUUCUUCUCCUUAUUAAGCUUAUUAAUGUGUGAAAGGAAGGAAAAUUAUGGCAAAUAUUUCAGUGCAGCUGAAUUAAGAAUUAUGUCAGUGGUACACACAAAAUAAUGUGAAAUCCUGACAGUGAUUUUACAGAAGGGUUAACAAUUUGCUGACUCUAUCACAUGUUUUGAGAAUGAUUUUACUACACCCAAAUUAAUUUGGCAUUAUGCACCUACUUGUUCUUGUUCUAAGGAAGGAUUAUUUGUGUGCAGAUUUUAUAUCAAUAAGAUGUCAUCAGUAAUUUAUAAGGUGAGAUUUCCUUUCUUUAAUUCAAAUGUUUUUUUCUGUCUUCUGUUUCUUCUUUUUUUUUAAAUGUGAUUUGUUUUCAUUCUAAGCAUUUUCAUUUUCAUUUCCAAAGCAAAACUAAUUUAAAAAUUGGAAAUAUAAUGGUAUAUUUUUCUAAUACCCAUUAAAUAGCUUUAUAAUUAGUUUUGUAUCCAGCACACUUUUGAAUGUGAAUCAGAAAUUACACGUUUGGAGAUUCAUAAUGUAAAUUUACUCAUUGACUAAGAUUAUUUUCUACAUUAUGUUUUAAGUGUUUUAAGUGUUGAUGCACACAGUGCUGCAUAUAUACUGCCAGUAAUUGUGCAGGUUGCCACAAGGAAGGAACACUUCCUUCAGCGUUAUGGAACCAUCAUUAUAAAAAGCAUUUUGUGGCCUUGGAGAGAAGCUGUUUAUGGCAAUAUUUGCAGAUCAAAUGAACCCACUGAAGGCUUUGUGAACUUGCAUACAGAGGAGUGUCAAAUAGUGUAAGUGGUGAGUGUUUAGCAAAACUGGUAAACUUCACAAUGUUUGUGUGCGCCCUUCCUUAAUGAUAUUGUUAAAUCUUGGGAAUUCAAAGCAAGGGAAUGUACAAAAUAACAAUUUUUAGAUGUUCACUAUAUGCUUCUUUGCAAAAAAAGAAUAAAAUGCAACAAAACAUUUUAUAAUGGAAUUUCAGUGUUUCAAUGUCUGUAGGGACAAACCUCUUUAUAAUAUGAAUUUAGAAGUUACUUAUGAGAUCAGAUAUAUUUGCUUUUUCCUAAACUGUCAUUUUUGUAUCGGUACUGUGGGCAACCAUUUAUUGAAAUGCUGCUUUAAUGGUUAGAACCUUAUUGGAUGACUUUGUUUUCUGUGUCAUACUUGUGAAAUGUUUUCAUAAACCUUUCGUUAUAUGUAAUAUAAGUAGAACUGUGCAUUUUAUUUUGUACAUUUUAGAUGGUAGCCAUUAUCCCCCUUCUCCGCCAUGUAGCGUGCACUCUAUUGUUAUUAUUGUUAGAAUAAUUAAUGUACUGUAUGUAUAUUUAGUGUGCAAUUGUAACAUCAAGCUGAUAGAGACCUGCUGUCUUAUAGCAGCUUCCAGAAACUUAAUGGUAAACUGUUCUGAGAGUUAUUUUGCACCUUCUUAUGUACAAACUGUAAGGAACCAUAAUUUUAUCAGAUACAUUUUUAUUUGAGCGCUAUCAUUUUAAUGGACACAUUUCUUUACAGUAAAUGAACUGUAUAAAGUAUUUAUGCAAUUAUACUGUUUUUUUUUAUUUCAGCAAGUUUUGUUACUUGUUGCAUGAUUAACACAGCUGACUUUCUGUGUCAGUGCAAUGUAUAUGUUUUAUUUUAUUUUGUUUCAUAAGGCAUUAACUAAUUACUUGUAAGCCCAGAAAGACCAUUAUGUGUACAGUUAUGAUGAGAAUACUGGAAAACUGACAGAACUCUGGUGGAAUUUUGUACUAUAUAUGAAAAACAACAGGUGAAAUCCUUGGGUUAUUUUUUUGGUGGUCUUGUGCUAGACUGAUGCAUUACUACAGUAUCUAGCGUGCAAUCUGUGAUAGCUGAAUGUUCAUUGUAUAUUUGUCUUCAGUAAAACCUCAAAAACUAGGAUAACCCAACAAAAAUAUGUAACUAUAAUGCAAUAGUUCUGGUACUAAUUUUUUUUUUCAAUUAAAUUCCUGCUAUUUGCCACCAA